AUGGCAGUCGUACAAGCUCUCAAAGGAAUCCAGGAAGCGGGCCUCACAUUGGGUCUCCUGGUAGAUUUCAUCAGCUUUAGAACUGAAUCCAAAGAUGUGGCAGAGGACCAGUUGAUAAGCGCUGAACGUGCUAGCCUGAUAUGCUAUGAUAAUCUCCCAGAUAUUCUAGACAGGUGGAGAAAAAGACAUAGGGGCCAUGGAUAUGGCCGCGCACGGAAGGAUAUGUUGGAGUGGGCUAUCAACAAUGUAAAUGAACAAGCGUGGAGGGAAAUGGACUGCAUCAAAAAGUACCUAGAGUCAAACGAGUCUGGGUUUGAACUAGAACAUAUUAUCAAGUUUAAUCCCAUAGAUAUGAUUAAGAUCAUUCAGGAUAAUGCACAUACUGUUUGGAGCAUCCUGCAAAACAUAGCAUGGCUGAAGAGGCAAGUGCUGGAAAAUAGGACAAAAUCCCCCAACAUGACCAUCCUCAUGAUGGUAUCAGCUGCAGCAUACUGUUCCUCAAAUGAAUAUUGCCAGCUUCAGCAACUUUUGUCACUGGACAUGCGUGCAAAUGGUGUCCCGGUUUGGCUCUUUGAUGCCUUUCAUGCUCUUGGGAUUAGCAUGAGCUAUUCAUGGUCCUCAAGAGCAAUUGAUAUGAUUGGCAAGCGACAGCUAGAGCUUGUUCAGCAGCUUGCAAGUCCAACAGCAAACAAUGGUGGUGUACUCUUGCUGUAUGACAAUAUAAAUCAAUGUGAAAAUAACCGGGCGGAAACAGAUGACUCCGGAGUGGAAUCAGAGACUUAG